GCUGCUGCUACCGACAGAGAGCUUGGAUAUUUAAAGCACACAAGGGGGCAGGAAAACACACUCCACAUAGCUGCUGUUAAAACACGAAUUCAACCUCUAUCACUCUCUUUCAUUACAACUGCCUGUGCUUUGUGCAACUCCAUUCAAAAGGGGGAAUGCAAGAUAAGGCAUAGGGUGCACUGCAAACCCACCCAGAAAAACUACCACAAAGCAACAAGUGCCCACUGUGACCAGUCUGCAUUUACAAGUGGUUUGGGAACGUGCCACAUUAUUUUUGCAGCUUUUUUUUUAUUUAUUUGCAGAAUAUAGUACUUGAUUUUCUUUUGCACAUUGCUACUGUGCUGCUUAACAGAACUUAUUCUCCAGCACCAGUGGAGGACAGCUGAGCAUUACCUAACGCUCAGAAUACAGAAGACUAUAACUACUGUGUUGUGUGUGAUCAGGAUACUCACCGCAGGGAGAUUCAUUAAAGGCACUAAAAUAUGUUGGUAAAAGAGAAGGAAGUUGAGCAAAUUGCAGAGGGCAACUAUCAUAGGAUUGAUGGGACACGACCUGAAGCUAAUGCCAGCUGCUGGGCAAAGAACGUGCUCAAUAUGGGGACACUGGUGCUAUCACUGAUGUCCCUGGCAUGGUGCCUUUAUAUAAAUGUAAAGACCAGCGACCUACAGGGCAGAGUCUUGUCUAUAGAGCAUGGGAAGUCAGGGGAGAUCUCACUGCAGGUGCCAGGAUUUUCUAUGGAUCAACUUAACUCAAUAGUGCAAGAGAAAGUGGACCGACUUCUGUCCCAGAGGUCAUAUGAACACAUGGCAAAAAUUCGAGUCUCAAGAGAUGCACCAGCAGAGUGUAACUGCCCAGCAGGCCCUCCAGGACAACGAGGCAAGAGGGGCAGAAGAGGAGAAGCCGGACCUCCAGUAAGUAUCCUGCAUCUUUUCAAAUUGGUUAAACACAUUUUUUUAAAUCUCCAAACAUUAUAUGAAUAAUCAACCAUAUGAGCUUAUCUAACUGUAAGUAGACAUAUUCAUGCUUCAUUUAUUGUCAGGGUACAAUGCAUUAACAGGAAAGAAGAUUUUGCAUUCAGGUAUGUAAUUUUAUUAGAGAUGUUAGUAUUUGUCAUUACUGUGUAGUUCCUGUAAAAUGUUUAAUACAACGUGAUGCACCAUCAUUAUUAUUUACAUUGCCAGGUUUUUCUGUUAAUAAAGGCGCAUGAAACUCAAUAUUAAACGUUCAGACAGAGCAUAUAAUCUAAAGAGGAGCUUCAUUUUACUUCUCCUCUCAAGUUUACUUUGCUCUCUAGGUAUGCAAUGCGCUAAAAGGAGCU